AAUAAACUUCACUCCAAUGAGUGCUGCUUUCUCUGUAUCAACAACAGUCAGAAAAAUGGCUAAGAGCAUUUUCUUACCUCCUUCUUGGGCUCCGUCGACAAAAUUGCCCAUCCUUCAAUCGUCAUGUCGAGAAAAUUUGAAGCAGCUUAACUCAUCAAGAAAUAUUCAUGCUUGUCUACUCAAGUAUCCUCUUGCAAGCAAGAUCAUGAUUAGAAACUUACCAUAUACUGCUAGUGAAAGUAGUUUGCUGAAGGAAUUCUCCAAGUAUGGCAAGAUAGCUGAAGUUAAGCUUGUCAAGGAUGAAAAGGCAAAUAGGUCAAAAGGACUUGCAUUUAUCCAAUAUACUUCCCAGGAAGAUGCUUUGCUUGCUGUGGAUAACAUGGAUCACAAGUAUUUUGAUGGCAGGGUGAUUUUUAUUGAUCUUGCAAAACCAAGGUCAAAUGAGUUUGGCGGAUAUCCAAGAACGUCAGGACCCCCUGAGAAGCAGCAUAUGCCUGCUGAAGAUGAAGACGAUGAAUGAGCAAAAUGCAGCAAUUAGGAAACCUUUGAGACUUCUUAAGCAUGGACUUGCAAAGGCAAGUGGAAUUUUCUGCUGGUUCUGAUUCUACACAUUUUUCGGCUUCUCUCUUCCCAAUCUGUUGCACUUGAUUUUUCUGAGAGGCAAGUUACUACACAACAAGUUAUAAUAGGCAUUUAUUAAAAUGGUACAGACAUUAUUGCUGAGGCAUGAUUUUCUCAUUGUUUCACUUUAUAGUAUUCUAAAUUUUUAUAAACAACACCCAUGAUAGCAUACUUGGGUAAAAAGGACACUUGUACAGCUAAUAUGAACUUGUGGUGAUAAAGAUUUGAUACAAUUAGUAUUACCUGAGCAUAGUGAAGAGUAUUUUAUUUUGUGCUUCCCAACUUUUUUAAGUCCUAGGCUAAUGCUUUUG